AUGAACACACACACUCAAAAAAAAAAGCAACGCAAAAAUGAACAAAACAAUAAAAAAGUGGGUUUGGUUUCACUCAAUGACUCAGCGAGAAUCUGAUUAUUAUUUACAGGAAAAUUAGUGGGAGAAAAAAGUAAACUUACCUCCAAAGUACUACAAAAAAUACAACAACAGUAUGAUAACAAAGCACUGACUGGACAAUGAAUACAGGAGUUUCUAAACUGACUGCAGUACCUUUAUUGAGGAGUUAAAGUGCGAUUUGGAAGGUGAGGGAACCCUUACACUUUGUUUCAUGAGCUUUGUGUACAGGCUGUGAUUUGCUAACCCUGCUGCUACUCCAAUAUUCACCGUCCUUUGUGGAGAAUUAAACUUAACAACAUGAAAGCAGAGAGCUUCAUGGCUCAACAAUACAAAGCAAGUUUUUUUUUAAAAAAAGCACUUUAACCCCUGAUUUUAAUCAUCAGAAACAAUUUGUUGUUGAGGGAUGACCUGAGGAGGUAGGGAAGCUUUCACUGCAGCAAAUGUAUGAGUAAAAUGCAGCAAAAGAAAACAACUGCAUUUAAACACAAAGUGCGGAAAUUGACUUAUUUCAGCCUAUGAGGGGCUACAGGAAGUUAGCAGAGUGAGUGCAGCUUUAAAGACAAAUACAAAAGUGAAGGAAACUUUGCAAAAUCAGUGUAACACUGAAUGAAAAUCAGCAUCCUCACUGUCUCACACUUACAGUCACAUCAGCACUAAAACAGUUUAAGGAGGGGCACACGGCCUCCUGCAGAAGCUGCUGUCAUGAAGACCAAAUCCCUUACUUCAUGGCAAUCAGAGAGAGUACGAAAUAAACUUUCGUUUUUAGUCUUUGGGCGGGAUGCCAUGACAGCCUAUAAAAAUGCUAAAAAAGGUGAUCACAGCUGAAGGCACGCCCACGUUAACAGAUGGUUUAAUGAAUGCCUCAAACUGAGAAUUUCUUUAAACAUUCAGAUCAGAUUUCAACUGAAGGAAAAUCCUCCUUUAAAUUUAUACCAGCAGUAGCAGGUCAGCUCUCAGAUAAAAGUUCAAACACUCAAGCUUGACAUGAUGAAAGUUGAAUCUACAGUUUAGCUGUGGUUGUAGAAGUGACACAAACUUGAAGAAGUCCUUUCUCAGAAAUCUAAUAUCUAGUGUGAGAAUGUGGUGGGUGAAGAAUUCAAAUGCAGGACACAAUCAGACCAAAAGUGAGUCAUUUAUUUGGCUGUUUGAACAAAAGGUAAACAAAAACCAGAAAGAAACCAGCAUCCACAACGGGCACAAGGAGCAAAAAAAUUAACUUGAGGAAUACAGGAGCACAAAGGAAGACAAGGUUGCAGGACACAGCACAGGUGAAAGCAGUUAAUAGCAAAUGAGAAUAAGGGAAAUGAUUGUGUUAGUGCAGAAUACAAAUAGUACAGCCUGCAAUAAAUAAACAAUAUAGUUACAGUAAAAGUGCCACAGGUGCAUAGUAUGAUGUGCAAAAUUUAUGUACACAAUAGUGAUUAAAACAAACAAAUAAAAUACAAACAUUAAAUUAGGUUAAGUUAGACAAGUUAAACAACAUGGCUCUGUCUGUAUUUAUAACAGUUCCAUCCUUUCUUAAUCUAUGACCGAUACUCUAAAAUAUUUUGACAUCAUGUAUUAUGAUUUUCAGUCAUUUUAUGAAAAAGAAAACCCCAAACAAACCCGCAGUUCUGCCAUCAUAGUUUUCUCAGAAGGGACGGUAUGCCUGAAACUGCACCUGGCUCUGAAAGCUACCAACUGUUCAUCCUCACAGAGAUCAGAACCAGGGAGACAGGCCCAGCUACAAACAUUGUUCAAAUAUUCCUGAAAGGUUUGUUCACCAUCUGCUCUGGCUGCUCGAUUGUCAAACUGCACGUACUUCAGGAUAUCUUCGAGUCUUCUUCUAGAUCUGUCUCUUCGAAAUAUCAGAGUGUGGCCAUUAGAAGUCAAAAAUCAGAACAAAAUCUGUAUAGUGCUAAAAAUAUUUCCACUCAACUUUCUGUUUCCCUUUCCUUUCCUUUCCACACCAAUGGAACAGUUUCUAUUAAUAGCUAUGAAAAGUUGUUAAAGUAGAAUUAUGACUAAUUCAUGGUAGGAAACAUUUCUAUAAUUGAAAAUACCGCAGCAGCUGCAUGGCUUCAUAAAUGAGCCAACAUAGUCUCUUGGAGGUAUAUGAACGUAGUGAUGCAAAGUUCAAACGCCAGCCUUUUUUCUUUCUUAGCUAUGACAGUGAUGUGUCCAGCAUGUGGAAGAAAGCGCAUGUUGCUGUAGGAUGGUGUGUUGUGUAUGUGGUGACUGGUGGAGAAUGUCAACAGUGCAUUGAGUGUUCGCAUGGACGUGAAACAAAGAUGUCACUUCUUUAAAUGUUGCAGGAGCUCUGCGUGGCAGUCUGUCGGUGGAGGUCAGAGGUCAAACUGCUUUCUUUAAAAGCUUUAUCAAAAUCAGCAGGUUUACAGUGACAGACACAGUGGCUUUCUUCAGCAUCAACAGCAAAUGCACACUGAGGAAGAGGAGGGAAAUGAAAGUACAUAAAUACAUACAUGCAGGGGAGCUGACAACACCAGAGCAGCUUCUUCUGCAGCACAGGUCAAACUUAUCAUCCCGACAGUGAAAACAUCAAAAGGAUAAACAGUAUUUGUAAGUGAGGAAGUUUACUGAAAAUUAAUCUUCAGCUCCUCUUAUUUUGGUUGCCACAGAUGAUCAUUUGCCUCCAUCUCCACAACAACCCUCUGUAUGUCCUCCUUCACUAUAUCCAUGAACCUCCUCUAACGUCUUUCUUUUUCCUCCUGCCAGCCAGCUCCACCUUCAUCAUCAUUUGUCCAGUACAUUCACUCUCCCUCCUCUGCACAUGUGCAAAUCAUCUCAGCCUCACGUUUCUGACUGAGCUCAUUUUUAAUCCUGCAUCCUGUUUACUCCCAAUGGAAAUCUGAGCACCUUCAGUAGCAGAUAUCAAUCUCGUUUGCAGAAAUGUAUAAUUGCGGGAUUUUGGGGGAGAAACUGAGGUUUAAUUCUUUAUUUAUUCCAUAGAUUGUUGCAUAACUUUGGGGUAUUUCACUCUGUUUGAGAAAACUGUUGAUGAUUACUUAAAAGAUGUGACUGUUUAGAGUGUUUUGUGUUACUUUCUAGUGUAGAUUAGCUCUACAGGGCAAACAGCGGCAUCUUGCUUUUAGAAUGGAUUUAGUGGUCAAAGCGGGUACUGCAGCUGCAGGUCAAAAACGGCUUUGUUGUUCUGCUCCGCUCACGGCGCGGGCACAAGCGCAAGCGCAAUGAGAUGAAUGGCCGCAGCACCUGACGGCCCACCAGGAAGUGUGGCGGACAAAUCCUCGGCCGUUAAUCCCCGCUCGGUUAGGUACCCGGAGUAGCCUCCGACAAGUAGAAUGCUCAGUGGGUCGGAGCGUUCUGUCUGACCGUCGGGACCGUCUCCGCUCCGGGUUCGGCCUCCGGGAUCACGCGGGGCUGGUCGUCUCCUCCUCGCCCCCCACCCCCCCGCCUGUCGGGCUCCAGACCCCGCUGCUGCUGAGCUGAAGCUCUGUGAAGCUCCGUGAAGCUCCGGGCACCUCCACCCUGACUGCAAUGGGAUGCUGCGGUAGCACGGAGAGGACAAAGAGAGAAUGGAGACCGCUGGAGGACCGGAGCUGCACAGACCUGCCCUGGUUUCUGCUCUUCACCGUCUUCUGCGUCGGCAUGGGCAGCAUCUGCGGGUUCACCAUCGUCACCGGCGGCGCCGCUCGCCUCGUCUUCGGAUAUGACAGCUAUGGCAACACUUGCGGCCAACGAAAUGAACAGAUUGAAGGCGUCAGGCUGAGUGGCCUCGACCACACGGACAGGAAGUUUGUUUUCUUCCUGGAUCCCUGUAACAUCGACAUUGUUCAAAGGAAAAUCAAGUCGAUGGCUCUUUGUGUGUCUCUGUGUCCCACAGAGGAGCUGAAGACCUACCAGGACCUGAAGAGGUUCGCUAUGGUCAAUGGUUCUGAGCUGUGCUCCUAUGAGUUAGCAGCUCAUAGAUAUCCUGUUCUCGAACAGAGGACCACUAAAUGCCCCAAACUACCUGUUCCACCCAGUAAACCGCUGCCCGUGUUUAAUCGCUGCACUCCGGUGGACAUCUCCUGCUACGCAAGGUUUGCUGAGGCUGUGGUGACGUUUGUCGGGGAUAACAGUGUUCUGCACCGACUGAUCGCUGGCGUCGCUGCCAGUAAAGAGAUCAUCAUCGGACUUUGUGUCCUCGCACUGUUCCUCUCCAUGAUCCUCAUGGUGAUCAUUCGUUACAUCUCUGCUGUCCUCGUCUGGAUCCUCACCUCACUGGUUGUCCUUGGAUCCCUUGCGGGGACUAGUGUGCUCUGGUGGCUCUACAUUGACUACCGGCUAUACGGGAACGACACUUCCUCUAAAGUACUGAAGGAAGCGAAGGAGGAGGUGGAGGUCACCAGAGAUAGCGGACAGGCACUACUUGUCUAUGCCGUUGCUGCCACUGUAUUCACUAUCAUCCUCCUGCUGCUGAUGCUCUUCAUGAGGAAACGAGUAGCUCUGACCAUCGCUCUGUUCCACGUAGCAGGAAAAGUCUUCAUCCACCUCCCCCUCCUCACCCUGCAGCCCUUUGUCACCUUCUUUGCCCUCCUGCUCUUUUGGAUCUACUGGAUCCUGGUCCUUCUCUUCUUGGGAACCACCGGUAACCCCGUACAGAACGAGGAGACGGGGCUGACGGAGUUCAGACUGACCGGUCCUCUUCAGUACUUGACCUGGUACCAUGCUGUGGGCCUGGUCUGGAUCAGUGAGUUCAUCCUGGCCUGUCAGCAGAUGACUGUGGCCGGUGCUGUGGUCACGUACUAUUUCACAAGGGACAAGAACCGACUCCCAGUGACUCCAAUCCUGUCCUCAGUCCUGAGGCUGGUCCGGUACCACCUGGGCACAGUUGCGAAAGGAUCCUUCAUCAUCACACUGGUCAAGAUCCCACGACUCAUCCUCAUGUACAUCCAUAAUCAGCUCAAAGGAAAGGAGAAUGCGUGCGCUCGCUGUAUGCUGAAAACUUGUAUCUGUUGUCUGUGGUGUUUGGAGAAGUGCCUCAACUAUCUCAAUCAGAAUGCAUAUGCAGCCACAGCCAUCAACAGCACCAGUUUCUGCACGUCUGCACGUGAUGCCUUCGUGAUCCUGGUAGAAAACGCGCUGCGAGUCGCCACAAUAAACGCCAUUGGAGACUUUGUGCUCUUCCUGGGGAAGAUCCUGAUUGUGACGACGACGGCGUUCGCUGGAGUCCUCCUCCUGAACUACCAGCGGGAUUACGCAGAGUGGCUGCUGCCGCUCAUCAUCGUGUGUCUUUUCUCCUUCCUGGUGGCCCACUGCUUCCUGUCCAUCUUUGAGAUUGUGGUGGACGUCCUCUUCCUCUGCUUCGCCAUUGAUACAAAGUACAACGACGGCACUCCAGGGAAGGAGUUCUUCAUGGACAAAGCUCUGAUGGAGUUUGUGGAGAGCAGCCGGCGGUUGGAGCGUGCUGUGGAACGUGGGCGGAGUCGGGUGAAGGAAGUGGCAUCAGAAGGGGCGGAGAUCAAGCCCAUGGUGAGUGACAAUGACACCAGAGGGGGCGUGGUCAGGCAGAAGAACUCGUUGGAGGCGGCAUCGGUGGGUCCAGACUGGGGUUGUGACGGGGAGUGGGAGGAGCAUCAGGAAUUCCAGGUGUACUACCUGUUGGUGGGAGUGCUGGUGGACUGGAUGCUGAUGGAGCAGAGUGACUUUGUCCUCUGUCUCAGCGAGGACGUCGUCCUCUUCCUGUGUGUCUACCUGCCCACCUCCACUCUCUUCCUGUUCGUCAGCCUGCUGAACACACCAAACCCCGCCCCCUCUGCCCAUUCGCAUGUUAAAUCAGCUGCCGUAAACACUGUGUGCUAACCUAUACAUGCUAACUGAUGCAUGUGGUGACUCAAGCAUGCUGACUGGAUGGCCCACUGACGCAUGCAAGCCAAACCCAUUUACAUCGCCGCCAUCAUCACCAUCAUCAUCAUCAUGCUGGCUGCUUCCUCAGAGACUAAACUCCUACUGACUUUUUGUUUGUAAUCUAUUUAUUUUUUACUUUUGUAAUUUUUAUAUUUGAAAUAUUUUUUUUUUAUAAAUGUGUUGAUGUUUUGUUGCUGUUUGAGUGAACUUCUGUUCAGCCUUAUUUUCUCACUGUGGUGCUUUAAACAAGAAGAAGGACUCAGCAGAUGGUAAGCUGCAGCUUCAGGUUCAUGGUUCAGUCUCAGGCUCUCUUUAUGCUUCUGUGAUUCUGGUCCUGUCAUCACAUUUUUAGAUAUACUACCUUAUGAUUGGAGAAAAAUUAUGUAAACUGAGAUGCAAACUCUGCUCUUCCCUGCUGAUCAGAAUUAUCGAAUAACCAAUAAAAUUGGAACAGACGUAAGACAGGUUAGUUAAUUUUUAAAAUAUGAAUCAAAAAUGUUUACAGAGUUCAGUUUAUGGACCAUAGAUUUAAAAACAAUCUAUUUUUCAGGAGCUGAUUGAGGUUAACUAAAGGUGGUUUUUUGAAAGAUGCUUUCUUCUGGGUCCUAGCUUCCUAUUUGGUUUCAAAGAAUGAUAUUUCAUCACUUGAACUCAUGUCCCUCAUAGUUCGAGCAGCUUAGGAAGAGCUAGGUCUGACUCAGAAAUGAAUUCUAAAGGGUUCAUUAUUUUCCCCACCAGAUGUUUGCUCCUGGUAGAGUGAGACGAAUUAAAAAGCAGAAACCAGGUGGUUGUCACAUCCUGUAUGUUUGUCCUUCAGCGACCCCCAACAAUCAACCAAAGAAAAACUGCAGAGAAACAAAAAACAACCA